CCACCGUGCGUCUGACCGGCAUAUCCAACAGACUUCAACCUCGGUUAUAAUUGUUGCAACUCUCUCACAUGCAACGUUAAAACUGUCGAACGGACAAAUUGGCUCGCGGCGCGGACACAUUUUGUUUGUGAAAGUGGAUUUUUUAAAUCACCCGAAGAAAACUCAGUUGCCGUGGUAGGGUGACUCACGAAUCACAGCGUUUGUUUCGUUUGUGUGGAUUGUAAACAAAAUCUCGGUUGGCGUGGUGCGUGGCGCGACUGUCCGAUGUCAUUUUCGAGACGUGCGUUAGUGUUUUGUUUUGUUUUGUUUUCCCGCGAAGGUUAAUUGUUUCAACAACUGUUUUGUCUGAGCGCGAAACAACCUGUUGUUUUAAACAGGCUGUGAUUUAAGUUUAGUUCAAUUUUAAUGUUAACAAAGAUACUGUGAUGAUGGGGCUCAGUGAUUUAAGUGAUAAUGUGGAAAACAACAACAAUUGCAAACAUGACAACAAAAAACAAAACGGAACAACAAUUAGUGACAACAGGAUAGAAGAAACCAUUUUUGAUGCAGAAAUGGUGUUAGAGCCAAAGUUCGUUGACUAUGGGAGCAUCCAUCCGACAGCAGACGUGUCUCAGCUUCAACAGCAUGCCUUACUGAGUCCGCGCUCAGUUUCAAUCACACCGCUAAACGACGAGGAACCACCAAACACAUCAGCCAGAUCGAUAAUGACACAAGGCGACCUGUACCAGCGCCAGCCGCUCCUGGCCGCCAACAACAAGGGCGAAACUUGGGGCCACCACCACCACAAUCACCACCACGACGGUCUCAACUCUUCUGGCGCCGAGUACGAGUAUGACGAGGAAGAUGCGCCCACAGACGGGAACGUCAUCAAGAUCGACAUGCCUGCGCCCGUUAGAGAGGAGCCGAAGUUUCCGCAGGAAAGAUGGAAAACGGGAUUGGCUUCGAUAAUAAUGUUCUGCAGCUUCGUGUGCACUUUGGUCUCCUUAAGCAUGGUGCACGAGCGGGUGCCAGACCGAAAAACUUACGGCCCCCUGCCCGAUGUGUUCUUAGAUAAUGUACCUGCGAUUGACUGGGCCUUGGACGUUUCCGAGUACAUCAUCAUAGUGUGCGUCAACACGUCCAUGAUCGCCAUGGUCUUUCACAAACAUAGGUUUAUAGUGUUUAGAAGGAUAUUCCUGAUAAUGUCGCUGCUGUACGUGUACAGGGCGAUCACGAUGUACGUUACGGUACUACCCAUAGCGAGCAAAACGUACCCGUGCUCGCCCAAGCUGAACGAGACGUCGCCGUUGAUAAUCGCCAAGCGCGUAGUCAAGCUCAUGUCCGGAUUCGGACUGUCCGUCAACGGACAGCACACCUACUGCGGCGAUUUCAUCUACAGCGGGCACACGGUCAUACUGACCUUCAGCUAUCUCAUCGUCGCGGAAUAUACUCCGAAAAAAUGGUAUCUAGCCCAUUGGAUCUACUGGUUGUUGGGUGUCAUAGGUGUGAUAAUGUUGGAAUUGUCCCAUGGACAUUACAGUGUCGAUGUAAUAAUAGCUUAUUACAUUACAACAAGGAUAUUCUGGACCUAUCAUACUCUAGCCAACAAUGCUAGCUUAAAACAAUACUCGCCCAACAACCACAUAGGACGCGAGUGGUGGUUCUGUGCGUUUAUGUACUUUGAAAAAAAUGUGGGGGGGCCUUUGCCCCGGCAAUUUGAUUGGCCGUUGCCUUGGCCUCGUAGGUUUCACUCGAAAAGCCGGGCCAGUUAGUGCAGUGCGUUGUUUUGCGUUUGAAAGAACUCUAUGAAAUUUAUUUCGUCAAAAUUAACGCACAAUAAGUAAAAAUAUUACAACUCCAAAACGCCUCCACCAAUCUUCAUGAAAUUUUGUAUGAAAGUACUUCGUAUUCUUGUUUGUAUACCCUGAAAAUUUUGUACAAAUCAAACGAACAGUAACGAAGAUACAGCGCUUCAAAGUCGGUAAAAAUUUUGGUCAUUUGAAGCGCUGUAUUCUCCUUACUUUUCAUUUGAUUUGUACCACAUUUUCAGGGUAUACUAACAAAAAAAUCUUUUAUAAUAAUAAAGGCAGUUUAGAGUUGAACUUUUUUUACUCGUUAUGCGUUAAUUUUCACUCGCAACGUAUAUAUUUGUGAUAAAAGAAUAUUGUGUAGCGCCUUAUCUGACUAAAUUUUGCUCUUUAAAUGUCUUCAAUAUCAUACCAAAGGAGUAUGUCGAGAACCAGUCGGAUAUACAGGGUGUGUGAAGUUUGUGUGGUCCACCCUUUAAAUGUAAGUUUUACGGUUUUGGUAUCAUAUUAAAGACGAUAUAUUUAUGUAAAUAUAUAUACAACAAAGUUAUCCGAAACGGAAUCUCUGUUUCUCAAAAACUCUUAUUAAUUUUUUAUAUAAAUAUUUUAUUACUGUUUUAAAGUAUAGUUGGACAUAAAGUAAAAGGGAUAAGACUACUUUUAUAAACAGAAAACUAGAUCUGAUUGAUAUAUGUAUAUAUAAGGAUAAUUUAUUUAUUUUAAUUUUGCAUUCAGUCGAAAUUGUGCCAAUAUUGUAUAAAAUAUCAAAAUUCAGAGUUAUAUCAUUUUAGAAUUACAAGAAAAAAAUUGUUCGCUUCAUAAGCACAGUUUUGUAUUUUUAUAUGUAACUAGGCAAAAUAAACCUAUUCAUUUUUACCGAACUUAACCAAAACGAAAAUAUGCACGUGUUUUAAUGUACACUUUUUACCUUGUGUGAGUUUAUCGCAUUCCAUACAAAUGUUUACAUUGUAUUUGUCGAAUUUAAACACAAACACUACUAAAAUAGGAAAAACGAACAUGGGAUAAUCUUUUGUUAAACAUAAAAAAAUCAAAGGGGUGUUUCUUAAAAUUUUCGACUUUGCUUUCUAUAAAAAUUAAGGGAAACAUUUAAAUUUAAUUUUUGCGUGUAAUUUUGAGAUUUUUAUAAUAAAUUUGUGAUACAAAUCCUAAACAAAGAAAUUUUGUUGAUAAAACAAAGAAGAAAAAAUCAUUUUACAUUUCUCAGAAAAUUUCGAGAAUCAUGGAAAAAAUUCGUAAAAAAAGCGUUUGUAUUUUAUGUAUAAUCAAUAAAUAGGUAUUGAAAAUUUAUAAAUUUUGAAAAUUCCUAAAUUUUUCAAAAUCUAUAAAUUUUUUAAAUUUUCCAAAAUUUUUUAUAUUUUAAAAUUUCCGUUAUAGUUAAUACUUGAAGAGAGGAAAAGUUUUUUUAUUAAUUUCAUAGGGAAGCUCAAAUUUUUUUAGGGAUUUUUUUUCAUCAGUUUAAAAACUAAUACAACCCUAUUAAAGAUACUGCAUGAUAAAUUACGUUAUACUGCCUAAAUAGGACGAAAUUUAAAAAAAAUAAGUUUGAUUUUUUAUGUUUAACAUUAAAGCUCUCAUCAAGUUGGUUAUUUACGGCAGAUUAUACAAGGUGGAAUAAAAAUAACUGCCAGUUUAAAGAAAAUUAACUAUAUUAUUUUAAACAUUUAAAAAACCCCUCUUACUUUUAAUCAAUAUAUUUAUUAUUAUUUUGAGUGUAAUACUAUGCUUUUUCUACUCCAAUUAAGCAUUUAUAAUUAACCUCACUUUCUCUCAAUUUAUAUCGUCCCCCCGUAUAUAUAAAAAAAACCGAUUGGUCCAAAUCACAGUGAAUAAUGAAAUCGGCCUAUUACAGCGUGAAUAAUGAGCUUAUUAUUCCCGUUGUUAAUAGUAUCCAAUGGAAGUGAAAAAAGGCGUUUUUUUAAUGUUUUAAAUAGUAUAAGUAACAUUUUUUUAAUCGCUCUCCUGAAAAUUUCUUAAAAACUAGAUACGCCUUUACGUGUUUUCAUCGUCUAAAUAGCAUUAAAAUAAAUUAAACUAAAACAUCUAUUCUGAAAAUACUGUUUUUCGAAAAAUAAUUCCAUUUAUUGUUACCUACCUGAUGAACCUUAAAGACAUUGUAUGAUAUGCAACCCAUUCAGAUUCUAUUGUAUAAAGUUUAUGUAUUAUAAAUGUGGCUUUAAAAUUUUUUCAAGAUUGUGACACAAUUUUUUUUUAAUAUUAUGGGUUUUUGCUUUGACAUUAACAUCGUUGAAUUUUAUUUUUUUAUAUAGUUACUACUAGGAAUUUUGUUUUGGGUAUGCCAAGUUUUUGUACUGAAUAUAAUUAUGUUAUCUUAACUUUGUAUUGAAGUUUAAUUCUUACUGAAUGAAGUAUUGAAUUUAUUGAAGAUUAAUAUAUAAUGUAUUCUCAAUUUAAUGCAUAUUAAAAAAGGAAUUGCUUCUCAUUUGUGAUAGAAGUUUUUUAACUUCGAUAUUUCAUUAACGUCAAAUCUAAAAGUAUAAAAACAAAUAAAAAAGAUUUUAAGCUUCUGUAGUGUGUGGAUGUAAACUUUCAAUGUCAGAUUAUCACAUCUUGCCUAUAUUUAAGUGUAUUAAAAUGAUAAUUGCAUUAUUUGAAUUUUUAUAUUUGUAAACUGUUGAUAUUUUCAAUAAUUAAAAAAAGAUUACUAAAAACUGUUGUUUGUCACAUUCGUGAAAUAGUUACAGAUAUUUACCAAUGUUGUUUUCAUAUACAUUG